CACGGGAGUUGUCUCUUCUCCCACUGCUGAGAAAAAGGGCGGAUCUUCCACACCGGUCGGGAAUAACUUGAUUUCCUCCACCCACGAAUCCCUCCUCCCUUGACUCAGACAGAGCCUGGGGCCACAUACCUGGCUGACCCAAUGGUCGAACAUUUACAGAGUUGAACUGCUUUGCAAAGUCAAUUGAAUCUACCAAGCAUUCCUCUGGCGUUCCGUUUACCACUGCGCCUGGCUUGUCCAGCUUUUGCGGCUUCCUCACCCGCAACUAUGGAACCACCAAUCCCCCCGGAUCACCUUUUUGCUCCGGUUGAUCCUGGUCGUCGUAUGCACGACCCGUUUGAAGAUGGCUUCGAUGACCGUUUCGUUGAAGAGCCUGCCUUUGUUGAAGAGCGGGCACCAAGUGUCCAACAACGCUUUGACAGAAUGACACUUGACGAUGACCCAGAAGAAAUCCGUCCUCGUGCGGAUCGGAUGCGAUCUGCUGACAUUCUCCCAACCUCACAAGAUUAUCUAUAUUAUCGUCUGUCAAAGCGCGGCGACGAUUGGGGCUCGUGUGUCAAAAAGCCAAUCAAUGCCCCGGUCGAUGAAAUCGAGAGGAAGGCCAGGAAAGGGAGAGGUGGUGAUGCUCCAGUGUUAGAGCAGCUGACUCGUAUGCCGCCGCUCCGCCGGAGCAUGCUCGAUGAAGUGGUCCGGAAGGUCAAUGGCCAAGAGGCAGGAGAUACCCAUUGGGAAGUUGUCUACAUCAAGUCAAAGAGAGUACAGAACCGAAAGGGCAAAAUGGAAGUCCCGGAAAUGGAUGUCAUUCUGGCCCGAUCUAAAGACAGGUCGAGAUCAAGGGCCAAGUCCUUCGGUGGGGAGAAGGUGAGGAAAGUCGAAGCGGUCCGAGAAAAGAGAUACACCAACGACAGCUACGGCCGUGCAAGGAAAGAUUCAGUCCUCGACAGAUUAGAGGAUCCUGUCGCGAACUUGCCACUUUUUGAGGCAGACGGGACGCCACGAGACGAGCUAGGCCCGAUGCAUUUCAAUAACGCUAAUCUUCCUCCAUAUAUCGCAAGAGACACGCCACUGGGGUCGAAGCCCGAGCAGAAGAAGGACAAGGCGGAGAAGAAGCGCAGCAAGUCUCGUAGUAAGUCGCGAGAUAGGGGUGGACUUCAUGAUGAAGAUGGUGUCUUCGUGGUGCCUGAGGCGCAGGAUUAUGCCACCGACGCCGUGGACCCCGCUCCUGUGGAUGCAGUCUUUGCUGAAGGCCCAGCUGAUCAUCGCGGCCGUCGAGGGCAUUCGCCACAGGAGCAUCCCGUGGUCGUUGUUGAGGGUGAUGCUCGAAGAUCUCAUUCUCGACAUCGGAUGCAACCGGAGACACGCUCCAAGUCUCGUCGCCGAGAGUCUGUGCAUUUCCCCAAUCAGCAUACUCAGCAGUAUUUUGACGGAAGUUACGCAUCGUCGGAAAAUAGCGAUGCUAGCCAUUAUGGUUUUGUGCCCGACUACGCAGAAAGCUCCAAUACCUCCCUCAGCACACCUGGAGGUGUUCCUCGCCGAGGAAGCCUGGUGUAUAGCCAGGGCCGCCCCGACGUUGUGUAUAAGAAACAUCACCCUGGACCUAGCAGGAGACAGUCCUACGUGGAACGACCAUAUCAUGGCGAGCAACAGAUUGUCGUGCCAGCAACCACACGUCGGAACUCUUAUGUCGUCUAUGAGCAACGACCAUCAGAGGUCCGCCAGGAACGCCAUCCCCGACUAAUGAGGCAAGCGACAGCGCCCAUCCCCGAGGAUAGACAGAUCGUCCAUCGCGACCUUCCUCGACGGUCGAGGGAGCAAGAUUUUGCACCCCUUCGUCGCUAUACCACUCACGAGUCUGCCAUGCCAAUCGUUCACUAUCACCAUCCAGAGGAUGAACGUGACGGCUACUACCGCGACGAACUCGACCGCCAAAGUAUCCGAGUAGAGGACUAUCAGCGUGAUCGGGUCCUCGAGGAUCAUUUGAGUCAACGCGAACGACAAGUGACUGCCCGCGAGAGGCAACUGGAGAUCCGAGAAGAUGAACUCAGGCACGCAAAGAGACAGCGCGAGCUGACAGGAGAACGAGAAUACUACGACGACAGAGAUGUCAGGAGGGAGAGGAGGGAGACAAGAAGGCUCUAUUACGACGCAAGAACAGGGGAGCACUUCUUCUACAAUGAUUAGUGCUGGAAGCUCGACACGCAGUUGACGAUGGCGUCCGGAGAUGUUUUAAGAUUGCAGACCUCGCUGUUUCAAUUUGUGGGAUGUUGGCAUUUCCAAACGCAUGUUGCGGUCGGAGGUUAUGGAACCGCGCAGCCCAGGAGAACAAUUGUUCCCGGCUCAAAAAGGAAACCUUUUUUUCUUUGCCUGCCUCGAUUUGUUAUUACCCUCGGAAGACGUCAUCAAGGCUCGCUGCCACCAUCGGUGAAGGAAGAAAUAACUAUUACCUGCCAUGCUGGACAGGAACACCAAUCAAAACGGAAUAUGUGAUACGAGAAACCUUUGGCGGUCUUGAGGUGAGGACCUCAUCGACGUGACCUGAGCUCGCAGCAGACUGAGCGUAUGAACUGAUGGAGAUCGGAAGUGCAGAUUGACGACACUCUAUCUGCUACCUCUUUCCAACGAUGCUGUGUAUGCGACGAUUUUGAUAUGACUGGGGUAUGAUGGAUUUCCUUGUUUUCACUUCUUGCUGUCUCUUCUGGAAGAUACCCCGCCGUUCUUUUAUUUUUGGCGAGCAGAUUGGGAGUCUGAUCUGUACCUCUUGUAUUGUUUCUACAGUUGGUUGUUGAAAGGGAGCAGGAACGAGCGAGCAACCAAAUUGAUUGAGAACCCUUUGGAGAUCUUGAUGUUGUUUUCUAGGGAAGCGUGGCUGGGUCCACGUCGGUCUCUGGCAAUGGGAUAUUAAGUGCGAGACUGAGAAUGAUGAGCAUGGCAUGAGCAUGAGCAUGAGCAGGAGACUGAGAGUGAGGUUGAGGCUGUGGCUGAAAAGCAGGGACUGAAUUGUACCUCCAAAAAGCCUUUGAUUGAAUGUCAUGACAACUUUUGCC